UUUCUGUGUGUGGUCGGAGCAGCUGAUCGCUGUGUGUUCUUUGUUAAGUACGCACUAUGGCUGAGACGACAUGUUAUUACAGGUCUGCCUGUUAGGGUAAAGUGCGUAGCAGAGUUACGGUCUUGUACCAACGUUUUCUGAAAAACCAUGAGCUCGAACGCAUUGAAAUGACUUGAUCAAAUUAAUAACCCGACCGUUUUCAUAUUUCACGAACUAAUAAGAAAUGUGCACACAUACUGCCUCUUGUUAUUGUGCGUGUUUUUAUGUAAACAUUGAGACGCUUUCACGCAUGCGCCAACUGCCUUUUAUUUUAAAUGAUUUUAAAACAUGUUUUCAACAACACACAUUAUUACAAGUCUGUGUAAGAGUUAAACAGAGAGGAUGUUCUGCUCUGCUUGUUUAGUCUUUCUUUCUUGUUUAUUUUUUUAACAUAUAGAGUCCAGGGGACUACAGAUGAAAAACUAUUCUGGCAUUUUUAACCCAUAUAUAAUCAUGUGUUGUAUAAAUGUGCACUGUCUCCUUCUUAAAUGAACUGAAUUGAAGCAGACAGACACUGACACAGUCCAAGUGGUUGUAUCAACUGCCUUUAUUUAUGGUAUCAUCAACUAUUAACAGGAUGUAGAUGUCAGUUGACUCACUUCCUUUUUUAACGGCCAAUCAGAAACAUCCGCCUAGACUUACAUGCAACCACAGCAUUGCUAAAACACUGAACAAGGAAGGUAGUAAAGGCUGUUUGGACAAACUUUUUUUGUGUUUCAGCUGCAGGAAUAGAAAUGGCUGAGAAGAGGAAAAAGAGGAAGCAAUCCACCUCUUCGUCUGAAGAGCCAAUGAGUUCACAGACGAGUGAAGCUGAGACCGCAGCUCCCAGUGCUGUCUCUAUGAAGAGUGAUGCGUCCAUGUACGAGCCGCUCAGAUUUGGUGUUGAAAAGGCACAAAGUUCACGGUCGAGGGGAGAUGAGCCGACAGCUCCCAGUGUUGUCUCUAUGAAGAGUGAUGCGUCCAUGUACGAGCCGCUCAGAUUUGGUUAUGAAAAGACACAGAGUUCACAGUCGAGGGGAGAUGAGCCGACAGCUCCCAGUGCUGUCUCUAUGAAGAGUGAUGCGUCCAUGUACGAGCCGCUCAGAUUUGGUGUUGAAAAGGCACAAAGCGAGCUGACUGGGGAGCCGUCCAGCUGUUCGAUAUGUAUGGAGGCUAUUAGUGAUCCAGUGCGAUUGACCUGUGAACACUGGUCAUGCAAACAGUGUGUCAGCUCAGACAACCCUGUGCACUGUGCAAAGUGUGGAAAGAAACUCAGAAAAGCUCCCGGACACCAGAAAGACACUAGGGGCAGCCGUCUUUUAAAUGCAAAGAAGAAUCAUAGAAAAGCAAUGCAACAGAAAUUUUCUUGGACAUCUGAAGGUUUGGGUGACCAAAAGAACCCCCUGAACAGCAUCUACACCACACUCUUCAUCAACCCUGGAGAGAGUGAAGGGCCACAUGAAGAACAAUCAUUCAGACACUUCAAACGUACAAAACAACAAUCUGCAGAAACAUUAAUCAACCUCAAUUACAUCUUCAAACGGUCACCUGGCCAAGAGAAACCCCCCAGAACAGUCCUGACGAAGGGCGUUGCAGGAAUUGGAAAAUCAUUUUCUGUGCAGAAAUUCAUUCUUGAUUGGGCCGAGGAGAGAGCUAACCUGGAUAUUGAUUUUGUUUUCAAUCUUGCUUUCCGAGAGCUGAAUCUGAGUACAGAAAACAAAAGCUUGAAUGAGCUCCUGACUGAUCAUCACCCUGCGCUCCAUGAUCUGAGAGAUUCAGAAGAUUUCGUCAAAGCCAGGGUUAUUGUGAUCCUGGACGGCCUGGAUGAAAGCAGACUUCAACUGGACUUCGAGAACAAGCCAGUAACAUCUGUCAGUGAAGUAACAUCUGUUAGUAAUCUCCUAGUGAACCUCAUCCAGGGAAACCUUCUUCCUGAUGCCAACGUGUGGAUAACAUCCCGUCCAGCAGCAGCCAAUCAGAUCCCUGCAGAGUUUGUUGACAUGGUGACGGAGAUAAGAGGGUUCAGUGACCCACAAAAAGAAGAAUACUUCAGGAGGAGAUUCAGUAAUGACUUGAGUCUUGCUGACAGGAUCAUUUCACACAUUCACUCAUCGCAAAGUCUCGACGUCAUGUGCCAGAUCCCAAUCUUCUGCUGGAUUUUGGCCGUAUUAUUUCAGGAGAUCUUUGGGGGAGAAGAGAAAGCUGAGACUCCCCAAACUCUCACAGAGAUGAUGGCACAUUUCCUGCUUUCCCAGACAAAACGCAGAAGCAGAAAAUAUGACAAGAAGACUGAGGAAAACAAAGAGAGACUUCUGAAGACACACAGAGAAUUUCUUCUGAAACUCGGCAAGCUUGCAUUUGUUCAGCUGCAGAAUAACAACCUCAUCUUCUACGAUGAAGACCUGGAAGACUGUGGCAUUGACAUACGAGAGGCAUCCGUCUACUCUGGAUUUUGCAGUGCAGUUCUUAGGGAAGAAGAAGUCUUUUCCCAGAAAAAGAUCUUCUUCUUUGUACACCUGACCAUACAGGAGUUCUUUGCAGCUCUUUAUGUCUAUGACUGUUUCACCAACAAGAAUACAAAAGAUCUCUGCAACUUCCUUGAUCUGAAGGACGAAGAACAUACCUUACUUGAUCUUCUGAAGAUGACCGUUGACCAAGUGUUGGAGAAGAAGAACGGCCACCUGGACUUCUUCUUGCGAUUCCUCCUUGGCCUCAUGGCAGAACCCAACCGGAGAGUCCUUCAGGGUCUGCUGACAUCGCCGGACUCAAGCCAAGAUACCGACAAGAAAAUCUUGACUCACCUCAAAGCCAUCCGAAGAAAGGCCCUCUCUCCAGACAGUUGCAUCAACCUCUUCCAGACCAUGGUCGAGAUGAGAGACCAUAAAGUCAAAGAUGAGAUUCAGGAAUAUCUCAAACUGUCAGAACGUUCAAAAACAGAGCUGACUCCACUGCACUGCUCUGCGCUGGCCUACAUGCUGCAGGUAUCGAAAGAUGAUCUGGAGUUGUUGGACUUGAAGAAUUUCAACACAUCAGAGGAAGGCCGAAGGAGGCUGAUACCAGCUGUGAGGACAAGCAGAAAGGCCAUAUUUGCAGACUGCAAAGUGACUGAAGAAUGGGUCAAACAUCUGGCCUUUGGUCUCAAGUUCCCCUUCUCAGCUCUGAGAGAUCUGGAUCUGAGCAACAAUGACCUGAAAGAUUCAGGAGUAAAACUGCUCUGUGAUGGACUGUCGAGUCAAUGCUGCAGACUGAAGAAACUGAGUCUGUCAGGCUGUCAGAUCACAGAAGAAGGCUGUGAUUAUCUGGCCAAGGCUCUGAAGUCCAACCCUUCCCAUCUGACAGAGCUGGACCUGAGCUACAACAAUCUGGGAGAAUCAGGAAAGAAGCUGCUCUCUGAGCUGAAGGACGAUACACAAUACAAGCUCGACAUACUCAAUGUUGAACACGAUGGAAGUCAACGGGUGAAACCGGGAUUCAAGAAAUAUGCCUGUGAUCUCACUUGGGACCCCGACACAGCCCACAAGAACCUCCUUCUCUCUGAAGGGAACAAAAAGGUGACCUGGGUGAAAGAUGAGCAGCCAUAUCCCCCUCAUCUGGAAAGGUUUGAUCUCUGCCAGCAGGUGCUGUGUGAACAGGGUCUAGAUGAGCGCUGCUACUGGGAGGUCGAUGUGGAGGAGCCCUUCAACAUCGGGUUAACGUACAGAAGCAUUGGCAGGAAAGGGGAUGGGAGAGAUUGCAAGCUAGGGCGCAACGACAAGUCUUGGUGUCUGAUGUGCUCUGAUGAAGGUUGUUUUGUUCAGCACAGCAACAAGAAAGUAGAUGUAUCUUCCCUUUGCUCGCGCUCUAGUCGGCUGGGGUUGUAUCUGGAUUGGCCGGCUGGCACUCUGACCUUCUACAGAGUCUCCUCUGACAGUCGGACCUGCCUCCAUACCUUCAAAACUACGUUCAUUGAGCCCCUCUGUCCCGCUGUUGAACUUCACACUCAUUCAUCUGCAGUUUUUGUCAGUUAACAUAGCUCAAUCAACUAGAUUUGCAUGUGGAUGGUCAGGACUUGUCCCAUACAAUUAAGGGACUACUGAGGUAGUCAAUGAGAGAGCUGUCCGACUGGUUGUUCAGCCCAGUAUAUUAGUGAUCUCACCACCAUGGUGAAGUUUCUCCAUGUUGUGUUUCCACCUCUUCUUUUGCCAUGUGCUCAUUUUGUUUUCCAAAGAAAAAAAGAUGACAUUGUGUUUUGUUUUUUUAACCAGUUAAAAUUUAAAUAAAAACUUUGCCAACAUGGCAAGAACCAGAACUGAUUAGCCAACAACUA